AUGGACAAGAUGAAGAUUGUUGCUAACAACAUUUCUGUUUCAACUCAAUACUAUAUUCAAAAUAGUGGAUGGUUCUUGAAAACAGACUCGAUUCAGUACAGGAUUGGUGUUAAUGAUCCGCCAACCAUAACAUACAGACUGAUUUAUGAAAGACAACCUACUUUUUAUCUUCUAACUAUCAUCAUUCCAAUGAACGGAAUUGGAGCCUUAAACUGUUUUGCUUUUCUUAUACCAACAACGGCACGCAUGGGGUUUUCUUUAACAAUUAUGCUGUCUUUAAGUGUGUUUUUGACCGUCAUCACUGAUGAAUUACCAAAACAAGCUGACCCUGUAGCAAUUAUGUGUGUUUAUAUUCUUUUUGCUACACUUUUUAGCAUUGUAUCAACUUUAAUUGUCAUUUUCAACAACUUUCUUUAUGAAAGAGAUACGGCUAUUCCAAUCUCAUCGCCUUACAAAUUAAUAUUAAAAAUUUCCCGAUUUGGUAGAAACAAGCUAAAGAGCAAACAAGACAGUAUUGUAAACGCACAAAAUGACAAAAAGAUAACAGAACUGCAGGAAAUCAAGGAGGAAAAGAGUGAUAAUACUAUUAUUUCUGACACAGACGACACUGAAAAUUUAACAUGGCAGGACGUCGGCAAGGCAGUUGAUAAGAUAAUGUUCUGUGCAUUGUUUGUAGUGAUAACAAUUACACCCGCUAUUAUACUUAUCUGUUUGGCAGCUGUUUCAGAGCAUGAGGAAGACUCUAUUUUCUGGACUUUCUAG